AUGGCAGCCGAAGAAAACAGAAAUGCUGCUGUUCGUCCAACCAGCGGCGUCGACGACAAACCAUUGUGGAGUCACGUUACUGUCCUAAGUGUUGCCGCAGGAGGAGGAGGAAAUCGAACAUGGACUUGCAACUACUGCAGCAAGAAAGUUGUUGGGUCUUAUUCAAAGGUGAAAGCCCACCUUUUAAAGCUUCCAAAUCAUGGUGUAGCACCAUGCAAAUCAGUUUCAAGGGAUAUGCUUCAACAAAUCAAAGAAGAGCACGAUGAGGUCGAGAGAAAAAAAUCACAGGAGGCGUAUCAAGAUAAGCAAAAGGCAGAUUAUCUAUCCCUACCAGACGGUUCUGAUUUGCAGCAACAUAAAAAAAGAAAGGGCAAAGAGGUUGGGCCACUGGAGAAGUCAUUCAACAUCAGCCAACGAGAGAAGACCGACAAACAAUGUGCAAGGAUGUUCUUUGCAAGUGGUCUUCCAUUUAACUUUGCAAAGUCUCCCUUCUUCAUUGAUUAUUCAAGAACUUUAGCCAACAGCAGUUUGUCAGGCUAUACUCCACCUACAUACAAUAGAAUAAGAACAACACUUCUUGGACAAGAAAAGGAACAUGUCUACAGAAAGCUCCACCCCAUCAGAGAUUCAUGGAUGAAGAAAGGAGUUUCUAUUGUUUCUGAUGGAUGGUCAGAUCGACAGAGGAGGCCGUUGAUCAAUUUAAUGGCUGCAUCUGCUGGAGGAGCCAUGUUUCUUAAAUCCGUUGAUGCAAGUGGCAUAAUCAAGGAUGGAGAAUAUGUGAGCAACGUGUUUGAAGAAGCAUUGCAUGGCUUCUUUUAA